CUGGGUUGGCAGUACUUCGUAAAGCUCCUUCAGGCAUGGAUCGCACCUAUAUAUUAAGCCUGUCGGCAAAAGUGUUACUGUGAAACUUCCGUUGCCUGGUGCAGAGAAUCCUUCACGCGUGCCAUCAUGUUGACCCUGCGAGCGUUAACCUGGCUUCUCCCCCUUGUCAGCCAUGAGGUCUCGGCCUUGAGCUCGCAAACAGUCUCCAAGGAGCUUGGGCCCGAUCUGUCCAAGUCGGCCUCCAUCACCGGUGGAGACUCUCCCAAAUAUCCCCGCUGGAGCAAAUAUUCGCCUCCCACUCCCGGUGUCAUUGUGAAUGCAGCCAGCGAGGAGGAUGUCGCCACGACAGUCAAAUACUGCACUUCCAACAAUAUCCCGUUCCUGACCCAGAAUGGAGGGCAUGGCUGGGCGAAAUGGGACUUCGGAGAGGAGGGAAUCGUCGUCAACAUCAAGGAUCUGAACUCGAUCGCAUUCAACGACAACAAGACGCAAGUCACCAUCGGCGGCGGCGUGGCCAUCGAGGAAGUCGUCGCCGUCGCCUCCAAGCAAGACGUGCUCGUCCCCACCGGCAAUUGCCCCUGUGUCGGCACGAUGGGCGCCGUUCUCGGCGGAGGAUACGGCAACCUGCUGGGUCUGCACGGACUGGGCGUUGACAACGUCCUCUCGCUCAACGUCGUUCUGGCCGACGGAAGCCUGCAGACCGUCACCCCCGACGACGAGGAUCUCUUCUGGGCGCUGCGCGGUGCCGGUCCGAACUUCGGCAUCGUCACCUCCGCCACCUUGAAGUCGUUCCCCGCCUCGUCCGCAGACCAGACCGCGUGGUUUGGCCAACUCAUCUACACCGAGGAUAAGCUGGAGGAGGUCAUCAACACGCUCAACGACAUUACCCUGGAGCCCAGGAUGAACGCGUUCCUCUACUACAUGGCCUCCAGCGGCACGCCGUCGGUCGUCAUCACGCCCUUCUACCACGGCACCGAGGAGGAGGGACGAGCGGCCUUCAAGCCCUUCCUUGACAUCGGGCCCACCGACGACACCAUGGCCGAGCUGCAGUACGCCCACUGGACGGACGCGUCGCAGGACUUCUGCACGAAGGGCGGCUACAAGCCGUCGUUCACGGCGGGGCUCGCUCAGAUGGACGCCGGCACCUGGAGAGAGGUCUGGGACGAGUGGACCUCGUGGCUGUCGCAUAACAACACCAGCAACAGUCUGGUCAUGGUGGAGGCGUACUCGCUCAAGGAGGCGCGUAAGCUGUCGCAGUCGUCGUCUUCCUUCGCCUGGAGAAACAAGGUCAACUUCAACGCUGUCGUCAUCCCGUGGUACUACGAUGCCGGCCUGGAGUCGGAGGCGUUGGCGUUCGGAACCAAGCUUCGCGAGCUGUGGCGCAAGACGGAUGGGCUGGAUGCUCCGGCGGCGUAUAUUAACUUCGCGCACGGAGACGAGAGCUCGGCGGAGAUCUAUGGCGAGAAUGUCGACCGGCUGAAGAGCAUCAAGGCCACGGUGGACCCGGAGAACGUGUUCAGCUACUGGUUUGACCUGUAG